GUUAGCAUCCAUUAUGCUUUUUUGGCUAAAGGUUGCAGGCUAUUUAGUUGCUUUGCAUAUCCCUUCGAGCCACACACAAUUUGAAUACAAUUUGUAUGUACAAAUAAGAUAACUGUAUUUUAACGUUAAGGCUUUAUAUACUAAUGCUAUUUAAAUUGGUCGAAGACGACACGUAAUCAUACGAGAAAUAAGGACGGUGGAAGAUGUAAACAUGAGAGCCAUCUUUUUUUACGUGUCUGGUUUUUAUUGCUUUUUCUCAUUUGGAGAUACUUGUGGUCCAAGUGAAUAUAGAUCUGCUGAUGGAGAAUGUUGUCCAAUGUGUAGUUUGGGGUCAGUGGUGUACCGUGACUGCACUGGUGAUUUCAGUACCACAUGUAUACCCUGCAGUCCAGGAACAUUCAUGAGUGAACCCAAUGGUCUUUAUCAGUGCUUCCCGUGCAGACAAUGUGCUGAAAGUCAAGGUCUUUACAUCCAGAGUAAAUGCACUACAGUAAGAGACACCAUCUGUGAUGUACUUGAUGGAUAUCACUGUGUUCGCUUAUCCGAUUCAGAGUGCCUUCAUGCAGAAAAACACAGUGUUUGCAAACCAGGACAAGAAACAAAAACACCAGGGACAAAGGCAUCCGAUACAGAAUGUGUGGACUGCGCUCCUGGGUUUUAUUCUCCAUCAGGGCUGAACUGCACCAAAUGGACAGACUGUGCAGCCAGAAAUGAGAUUCAGGCAGAAGAUGGCAGUCCUGUAAAAGAUGUCACAUGUGAACAGAAGACAAGGAAAAGAUAUGGUCUCAUAGCUUUUUUAAUGACCACUGUAAUAUUUGCAGCUGUUCUAGUAGUACUCUACUUGUGUUUAGGCUCAGAAGCUCAGAAGAUCAAUAAUGGCAGCAUGUCCAUGGACUACCCACAGUUUGUUCAUUGA